AUGGCGACGAAGAUGACCAGAAGCGGCUCGCUGGCUUCAACUCUGAGGUCAGGAAAGCAGUCCCUCCAGAGCCGGAAUGCCCCGAUCACCCGCAGCCUCUCGACCACUGCGCCAAAGCUGGUCGCGAUGCCGAAGGAUGUCCAAAACAUGAGAAUGGCUCCGCGCGACCACAUUGGCGAGCUCAAGGCCCCAAUUGUCAACCCCGCCGACAAGUAUCAGAGCAAGGCGGAUAACAUGCACCGCUACGGCGCCUGGGUGAUGGGCUGUCUCCCGAAAUACGUCCAGCAGUUCUCCGUUUGGAAGGAUGAGCUCACCAUCUACAUUUCCCCGUCCGGCGUUGUUCCCACCUUUACUUUUCUCAAAUACAAUACCGCUGCCGAAUUCACCCAGGUCAGCACCGUUACUGCCGCCGAUUAUCCCACCCGCGACAAGCGCUUCGAGGUUGUGUACAACCUGCUUUCUGUCCGUCACAACUCUCGCAUCCGAGUCAAGACCUAUGCCGACGAGACUUCGGCUGUCCCUAGUAUCACUGGUCUCUUUGACGGCGCCAACUGGUACGAGCGCGAAGUCUACGACCUGUACGGCGUCUACUUUACCGGCCACCCCGAUCUCCGCCGAAUCAUGACCGACUACGGUUUCGAAGGCCACCCUCUUCGCAAGGAUUUCCCUCUCACUGGCUACACCGAGAUUCGAUAUGAUGAGGAAAAGAAGCGCAUUGUCACGGAGCCUUUGGAGCUUACGCAGGCCUUCCGUAACUUUGAGGGUGGCUCCAGUGUUUGGGAGCAGGUUGGCAAAGGAGAUGACCGCAAGCCUGAAUCCUUCAAACUUCCUACGCCGAAGCCUGAGGAGAAGAAGGAGGAACCCAAGAAAUAG